AUGUUAAGACGCUUUCAGAGGUGCUUGAGCACAGUUUCCGAUAUACAGAAGGAAGUACAAGCACUUAAUAUUGGCUUGGACAAAUAUAGAUGGUCAGUUUCUGACUCGGAAACCGAUAAAGAUGCUCUAGUAUUUGACUGCAAGUUCAAGAACUUUUCCAAAACUUGGAAAUUUCUAAACGAAGUUGCCAUUCUCGCUCACACAAUGAAACAUCACCCUACUAUUACUACUACCUAUAACAAGGUUCAUCUAUCGCUUGUGACUCAUGACGCAGGGAACAAAAUCACAUACAAAGAUGUAAAGUUGGCCCUGGCGAUUACCGAGAAAUAUAUGGAAGAAGUAAGGGAAGUUCAAGAGUCAACAACGAAACAAGUAGAAGACUUACUAAAGACGUCCAGAAAACAAUUUUCGUUCACCAAUGCUGAUAAAAUGAUCGAUGAGCUCCUUUCUUUGAAAAAUGGAAAGGCCAAGAACUGA